GUUUUUUUGAUUAAAAUAAAGUAUAACGGUAUAAUACCCAACAAAUCUCGGCUGUUACUCAAUUUUUAAUAAACGGGAACCGUUAUUAUACUACUCAAAAUGUUAAUUUAUUUUUCUCGCUUUAAAAAAUAAUUACAUUUAUUUUAACUCAAUUUUCCGAUAAGAUCUGCCAUAGUUGGUCUGGUGAAACUCGUAAUUUCCUCAGAAUGUCAUCUGACCAGAUUUCAACUGCGAAUAAAUAGAACACGUGCGUUUAAAUUUCUCAUAAUUAUUUUCUACACAUGAAAUAUUUAAAUGAGCGCAAUGAUGGAAAAAUGAAGAAAGCAGUGGCAUGUCUCGUAUUGUUCGAUUCCAGUGAUAAUCACACUUGAAUAAGAAUUCUACAUUUCAUGUGCUACUGAUGAUCCGUCACAUUCAGUUCAGUUGAUGAAAGUUAGUCUUUAAACGUGGCGCCAAGUUUUAACCAAUCGGGCUCAGUCUUUACCAACAAUCAAGUUUGACAAAAUCCGAUCAAUUUUUUGGGUCAUAUUUGUUGAAAAACAAUAAGAAAAAAAAUCAAAAAGUUUAAUGACUAGUUUUUGUAUUCAAUUCAGUUGAAUAAAAACAUCCUUAAUUGUGCAUUUGAACUUGGCGCCAUGUUGUGCCAACAGUAGCGGGUGAAAAUAACUAAACCGCGCAAAAUUAACCACAAAUUUGCAAACAUGUCUCAGAAGAUAGAUUGGGCUAAAUUUGCGGAAGAACAGGAAAAAAGCGUCCAAAAGAAGUUGGGCGACGUUAGUCUGAGUUCAAAUAGAAACAACUCCACUGCCGAGGCUAGUUUGCUGCGAAAAUUGAUGCGAAAUGGUCUCGUGGAAAGCAAAACUGAUAUCGAGAUCCAGAGGCAAAACCCGAACUCGCCGCUUUAUUCUGUUAAAACUUUCGAAGCCCUGAACUUAAACCCCAAUUUAUUGAAGGGGGUUUACGAUAUGGGGUUCAAUGCGCCGUCGAAAAUCCAGGAAACGGCUCUACCGACCCUCUUAGCCAACCCUCCACAGAACCUCAUAGCUCAGGCCCAGUCAGGCACUGGGAAAACGGCCGCUUUUGUCUUAGCCAUGUUAAGUCGCGUCGAUGCUUCGCUAAAGUAUCCUCAAGUUUUGUGUUUGUCACCCACUUACGAGCUGGCUAUCCAAACUGGCGAAGUGGCGGCACAUAUGGCAAAGUUUUGCCCCGAAAUCGAGAUGAAAUACGCCGUGAGAGGCGAAGAAGUUUCAAGAGGGUCGCAUUUAACCGAACACAUCAUAAUUGGAACGCCUGGAAAAGUGCUAGAUUGGGCCCUGAAAUUCCGUGUUUUCGAUCUGAAAAAACUAACAGUGUUUGUCUUGGAUGAGGCUGAUGUGAUGAUCGCAACCCAAGGCCACCAGGAUCAAUGCAUCAGAAUACACAAAAAUUUGGGGCCGAAUUGUCAAAUGAUGUUUUUCUCUGCAACGUACGAUCAACAGAUUAUGGAGUUUGCUGAAAUGAUUGUUCCCGAUUCUAUCACAAUAAGACUGAAACGCGAAGAAGAAAGUCUGGAUAAUAUCCAACAAUAUUAUGUCAAAUGCUCUGGACCACAGGAAAAAUAUAACGCUGUGACGAAUAUUUAUGGAACUGUGGGGGUGGGACAGGCGAUCAUUUUUUGUCACACCAGACGCACUGCGAGCUGGCUCGCUGAAAAAAUGUCGAAAGAUGGCCAUGCUGUGGCCGUCUUAACUGGAGAUUUAACGGUGGAACAACGUAUUAACGUCUUAGAUCGGUUCAGGUCUGGUCAAGAAAAAGUUCUUAUAACCACCAAUGUAUUGUCUAGAGGUAUUGACGUCGAACAAGUGACAAUCGUUGUAAAUUUCGAUUUGCCAAUAGACAUGCAAGGCAAGGCCGACUGCGACACUUACUUGCACAGAAUCGGUCGAACUGGACGUUUUGGUAAACAGGGUAUUGCUAUAAAUCUGGUUGAUUCACAAGAGGCCAUGAAUAUUUGUCGCGAUAUCGAGAAACAUUUUAACCGAAAAAUUCAUUAUUUGAAUGCCGAUGAUUCGGACGAAAUUGAGAAAAUUGGAGCCUGAAUUUUUGUAAUUUUUAAGAACACUACCGUCUAAUUUUUUAAUAAUAAAAUAAUAGAAAGUGUUGAUUUUUUAAAUUGCUAUGUUAAGUGUAUUAGGUAGAGUAAGUGUGGCUACUAUUUAUUUUUGAUUAUAUUAUACAUACAUUUAUAGCGAAAUUUCUUUAAUUACAUCGUUUUGUUGCUUUUCCA